AUGCUUGCUCUUGACAGUCUCCUCAAAAGGCCACAACAUGACAAAAAGGGACUUGAUGAGCUGCUUGCAACGACAGCGACCGACCGGAACAAACGAUGUAAAGAAGCUGACCGACUAAACAGAAAUGCUGAUUGUGUCUACAGUGAAAUGGAGCAGAAACGCCACAACGACGAGUUGACUUCCACGAUACUCGAGAGUCUCAGAACCCCAAAUCGUCGCACACAACACGACACGCCGACUUUUGCAGGUAGGAACAUUGCAAGCAACGCCGUGUACGCAUGCAUCACCGACGUCCUUAGUGCUUUUCAGAGUUUGGUCAACGGAUACAAGAGAUUGGAUGGCAUGAUCUGGAAGCUCCAAGAAGACAAAAUGCAUCCUAUUGUGGAUACAUGGAAACGAGAUGUUGAAGAGACAGAAAAUCAGCUCAAAUUGGGAGCAAGAGUUGCACUCAAGAACGUGAGAGAGGUUUUGGGAGCUAAGGUAGCAGGCGGUGAUGCGAAAGGACUAGCUGAUGAAGAUGGAGACAUGGACAUGAAUGUAGGUGGAAAGGCGCAGCUGACUUGUGAGUUACUGGAGAGCCUGAGGUAUGCAGAAAGGGGAGUCAAGCGCAUGACCAAAGGGCUCCCCAUGAACCAAGGCCGCUGA